CCACGGCUCUGGUAGUUUUACAGAACUGUCCUUGCUCUUUCUGCAUUUGCCCAGUCAAGGGUAUCUUUGCCUGAGGUCGGAGUGAUGCUGUUAGUCCUGGUGAUAUGAUUGCAUAGCAACACAGAGCAGCUCCGAGAAGGGAGGAGGAGGAGAAGGAGGGCAGGGAGGUGGGAGAGACAGAGGGAGAGUGUGCAUACAGCAGCUGUCGGCAUCCCUGUCUCAGGGACUUCUUUGCUGAUUCACAGAGGCAGACCAGCCCCGGCCUCCCAGCUUCCAGCCACCGCCUGCUUCUCAGACCUGACGGGAUCAGAAGGUGCUUAAUGCUCAGCAGUUGGUGCAGUGCCCUUCUUCACUCCCCAUGAACCUUGGUUCUGAUGCAACCUAUGGUCAUGCAGGGAUGCCCUUACACCCUUCCACGAUGUCAUGAGUGGCGGGCAGCUGUUCAGUUCCAUCAUAGCAGCAGCCUUCGAAGCACCUGUCCCCAGCCUCAGGUUAGAGCUGCUGUCACAGCCCCUGCGCCUCCUCCGGAUGGUGCUGGGGUUUCCUGCCUAAGCCCAAAGCUGUUGAAUGGGUCUGUCGGUGCCACUGGCCCCCUGGAUCCACCAGCCAUGAAUCUGUGUUGGAAUGAAAUCAAAAAGAAGUCUCACAACCUCCGCGCUCGCCUAGAGGCCUUCUCAGAUCAAAGUGGAAAGCUUCAGCUUCCUCUCCAAGAGAUUAUUGACUGGCUCAGCCAAAAGGAUGAGGAGUUGUCAGCCCAGCUGCCCCUACAAGGGGAUGUGGCCCUGGUGCAACAGGAGAAGGAGACACAUGCGGCCUUUAUGGAAGAAGUCAAGUCUCGGGGGCCCUACAUCUACUCCGUGCUGGAGUCAGCUCAAGCCUUCCUGUCGCAGCACCCAUUUGAGGAAUUAGAGGAACCUCAUUCUGACAGCAAAGACACCUCUCCUAGACAGCGGAUCCAGAAUCUUAGCCGCUUUGUGUGGAAACAAGCGACAGUGGCCAGUGAACUAUGGGAGAAGCUUACAGCCCGCUUUGUGCACCCGCCCCGCCAUAUUGAGCGUACUCUGGAACAGCUGUUGGAGAUCCAAGGGGCAAUGGAAGAAUUAAGCACGACUCUGACUCAAGCUGAGGGAGUCCGAGCCACUUGGGAACCCAUUGGGGAUCUCUUCAUUGAUUCACUCCCAGAACACAUCCAGGCUAUUAAGCUGUUCAAAGAAGAAUUCUCUCCCAUGAAAGAUGGAGUGAAGUUGGUGAAUGAUCUGGCUCACCAACUUGCCAUUUCUGAUGUGCAUUUAUCAAUGGAAAAUUCUCGGGCCCUGGAACAGAUCAACAUCCGGUGGAAACAGCUACAGGUGUCAGUUGGUGAGAGGCUUAAGCAGCUCCAGGAUGCCCAUCGGGACUUUGGGCCUGGUUCACAGCACUUCCUCUCUUCCUCUGUCCAGGUUCCCUGGGAAAGAGCAAUUUCACCCAACAAAGUUCCUUAUUACAUCAAUCAUCAGGCUCAGACCACAUGCUGGGACCAUCCCAAGAUGACAGAGUUAUACCAAACCCUAGCUGAUCUGAACAACAUUAAAUUCUCAGCUUAUCGCACUGCCAUGAAGCUCCGCAGAGUCCAGAAGGCCCUGCGCCUUGACCUGGUAACAUUAACCACAGCCCUGGAGAUCUUCAAUGAGCAUGAUCUGCAGGCCAGUGAACAUGUGAUGGAUGUGGUAGAAGUCAUUCAUUGCUUGACUGCCUUAUAUGAACGGCUGGAGGAAGAAAGAGGCAUCCUGGUCAACGUGCCACUCUGUGUAGACAUGAGUCUCAACUGGCUCCUCAAUGUCUUUGAUAGUGGCCGCAGUGGAAAGAUGCGAGCACUGUCCUUUAAGACUGGCAUUGCAUGCCUGUGUGGCACAGAAGUGAAGGAAAAACUUCAGUACCUCUUCAGCCAAGUGGCCAACUCAGGCAGCCAGUGUGAUCAACGCCACCUCGGUGUCCUGCUUCAUGAGGCCAUUCAGGUUCCUCGUCAGCUGGGCGAAGUAGCAGCCUUUGGAGGCAGCAAUGUGGAGCCCAGUGUCCGUAGCUGCUUCCGUUUUCGCAGGGGAAAGCCAGUCAUUGAAGCAUCCCAGUUCCUGGAGUGGGUCAACCUGGAGCCCCAGUCGAUGGUGUGGCUGGCUGUUUUGCAUCGAGUUACCAUUGCUGAGCAAGUAAAGCAUCAGACCAAGUGCUCUAUCUGUAGGCAGUGCCCCAUCAAGGGGUUCAGGUACCGGAGUCUGAAACAAUUUAACGUGGACAUCUGCCAGACCUGCUUCUUAACGGGCAGGGCCAGCAAAGGCAACAAGCUGCACUACCCCAUCAUGGAGUAUUACACACCGACCACAUCCAGUGAGAACAUGAGGGACUUUGCCACAACCUUAAAGAACAAAUUUCGCUCAAAGCAUUAUUUCAGCAAACACCCUCAGCGAGGUUAUCUGCCUGUGCAGUCAGUGCUGGAGGCUGACUACAGUGAGACGCCAGCUUCUUCCCCGAUGUUGCCACACGCGGAUACACACUCCCGCAUUGAGCAUUUUGCCAGCAGGCUUGCUGAGAUGGAAAGUCAAAAUUGUUCCUUCUUUAAUGACAGCCUGUCCCCAGAUGACAGCAUAGAUGAGGACCAGUACCUGCUACGGCACUCUAGCCCCAUCACAGAUCGGGAACCAGGCUUUGGACAGCAGGCUCCAUGCAGCAUGGCUACAGAAAGCAAGGGGGAACUAGAGAAGAUCCUGGCCCACUUAGAAGAUGAGAACCGGAUUCUCCAGGGAGAGCUGAGGCGCCUGAAGUGGCAGCAUGAGGAGGCUGCUGAGGCACCCACCCUGACAGAGAGCUCAGCCGAGGCAGCACAGGACCACCGCAAUGAGGAGCUUCUGGCUGAGGCCAGGAUCCUUCGGCAGCACAAGAGCCGCCUGGAGACACGCAUGCAGAUCCUUGAAGACCACAAUAAGCAGCUAGAAUCUCAGCUGCAGCGUUUGAGGGAGCUGCUCCUGCAGCCACCCACUGAAUCAGAUGGCAAUGGCUCUGCAGGCUCAUCUCUAGCUUCCUCUCCACAGCAGUCAGAAGGCAGUCACCCCCGGGAGAAGGGACAGACUACUCCAGACACUGAGGUUGCAGAUGAUGUGGGGUCAAAGAGCCAGGAUGUCAGCCUGUGCUUGGAGGACAUCAUGGAGAAGCUCCGCCAUGCCUUCCCCAGUGUGCGAAGCCCUGAUGUGACUGCCAACACCCUGCUGGCCUCUUGAUGGAGCCAGAUCCCCACACUAUAGUCCAUAGUCCUUUCCUGGUUGCGGUCAAAGCCUUCCCUCAGCCUUCACCCAAACUUUCUAGUCUCCACUGGCCCCACUUUCCUCAACCAGAGUUAUUUGGGCUCCAGGCAGCAGCAAGGAUCUGGUGGUAUGUGAGGUGGGUGUGGGAGGUGGGAAAGAAGGGAGGCAUGAUUCCUUUAAUUCUAGUAAUGUACCCUUUAAUUCUCAAGUUUAAGAUAAGUCCCUUAAGUAGCCUUUCGUUGUAGCCCAGGCAAAUGGCACUUGCCUAUUCAGAUGGAGAGCUGAGAAGCUGCCUUUCAGAAUUUCAGCAGUGUCCAUUGGCCUUUUCUCCUUCUCCAUGGAAUUAUGAACAGGGAAAAGCCUAAUGACCCCAGGGUUCUAGGCAUUACAAAUCCACAGGGGUUAGCCCUGUUCUCUGGCCCAACUCAGGAAGACAAAAGGGUAUUCCUGAGAUACUACCCCCAAGACCAAUGUGCCCCUGAAAAAGUCUGGGCAUUGUGUGUCCUAUUACUUCAGCUCCAGGGCAGAUCUCUAGCCAUCCUGAAACUACUAGACAUUUUUUUCCUCCUUGAGUAUCUUCAAUUCCUCCUGCCUCGGUCUUGGGAUGACCUUCCUUAAGGGGGCAGGGGGUUAGUUCAUUCUGUUUCUACUUACACUUUGUAUUUGGAACCAUAAGGAAAUACUUAUGGGUUUAGAUCUUCCCCCAUCCCCAAUCUUCCUCUUUUCUGAAGACCUCAGCAUCCUGAGAGGCAUGCUGCAUUACUCUGGAAACCCAACUGAAGCUGCACUUUGUGUCUCUAAGUCUGUCUUCACAGUCCUGGAGGAGGAGUGGCACCUUGCUUAGCAAGGAGGUCUUUCUGUGAGAGAAGGGAAGCCACCAUCUACCCUGGAGGAGUAUGACUACCCAACACCCUUUCAGGAUAUGACCCUUCUGUCUCUUAGGUUGAAUCAUGUGAGGUGGCUGAUUGUCCCCAGAUAAUCAUGAGGUAAUUGCUACUGGCCACCCUAAGUGGUGGUCUCUUCCUGGGAACCUCUGUCCAUAAAUCAGGAAGCUGUCCACUUACCCCUAGAUGGCAACAAUGCCUUCAUGUGCAUAAAACUGUUCUUUCUAACUCUGGAAGGUGAACCCAAUCCUCAAACUGAACUAACUCUUCCUAGGUAACAUUUACAAUGAUCCCUUUAUAAAGAACUGUUCAGAGUAGAUAGUGGAGGUUGGGGAGAAUGGGCUUGGGAACUUUGAACAAGUCAGAGCCUACUUGGGCAGCUUUCUAUCAAGAGGAGCUUUAUAACCUAGAACCCUGCAGUUGACUUAAUUUGCCUAAGUUUAUAUGCAUACAUAUCUAUUCUACAUAUCUACUGUAUAUCAGUGCUCUCCUGGCCUCACUCACACAUUAAAUUCUAAUACCUCUUGAAGUAUUAAUGUUCUGCCUUGCUCUUUGUUAGUCUCAGCCUCUGACUAGAAAGACUUUUGACUGCUUCCCCAGGAUAUCUCCCUCCAUUGAUGGGAAUUGGGGUGGACUGUCCUUACGACCAAAGCAACAGAAACCUGUGGCCACAGAGGAAUCCAACAGGAAGAGUCACUUUAUUCUCUUCAUUUACUCAUCCCAUAUCUUUUUUCCUUGAGACCAGAGCUUUCGAUGAAUUUUCCUGGGCUCCCCUAAACAAUGGUCCAGGUGCCAAAAUAGAGUAAAUAUAAGCUCUGCCCACUCCAUGAAAAAAAAAAAAAAAAGGAACAAAUAGAUAUUAUUUGCCUUUGCUAGGCUAAGGUACAGAGUACAUCCUCUGACCCCUUCCAAUUCCUAGGGUCUGGUUCAGGACCUUAAAGAGAGCAGUGGUUGCCAUCAAAAUCAUGAGGGAGUGAUAUGAUUGGAGUGUUGUGUUAUGAUCAAGCACUAGGCCAUUGUGUAGAACUUCUGGGAACCUAAAUUAAUCUGCUGAGGAGAGGUAGGGCAGCGGCUCAGGUCCAGAAGCCUAGGAUUACUUCUUUCGCCACUAAGCCACAGAUCUAAGGUAUCAGACCUCUUAUCGCAUAAUCUUCCUCAGUGUUUAUGAGGUCUCUGGUGGGAGAAUUGGGUAUCUGGAUAUAUGGCGAGCAGGUAGUAGGUAGGCAUUAGCCACAGAGCCUGGGAAUCAGAGUGGGGGUUUAUUUGUAGGGGCCUAGCUCAUGGGCAAGAAAGGAUACAUGGAAUUUGCUAUGGGGCAUAGGGCUCAGAGACUUUUGAGGCAUGUGCCUGCCUAAGCUUCAGGAGGUCAUAUAUUAUUGAACAAUUUUUUACUAGGGAAGUCCUUUCCACAACCCCAAUCCUGCCAAAGAGCUCUUGGACUGCUGAGGGCCUGUGACAACAGCAGUAGGCCAGGCAUGGUAGAAAACAUGUAGAUCUUGUUAUGUAGGAUUUGUGCAGUAGGUGAACCAAAGCAGCAGGUCAAGCGUUGAAUUGUUGCUAAGGGGGUCGCUGACACUUUGUGGCCUUAUGUUUACCUUAAUGUCUGAGGUGAGUAUAUCACACAAGAGUCCAGUGACAGUCACUGCAAACUGUGGGCAGUUUGCCCACAGUGAAGUAAAUGGAUCCUUGGGCGCUGUGAAUCCAAAUUGGGGUUGGAUUUACUGAAAUGUGUUGUAUGUUGUUAGGCAUCUGUUGUGUAUCAUGUCUCCUAAAGGUAUUGUGCAUGGUGCUGUGUAGUUUAUGGCCCUGUACUGGAAGAGAGGUGAAGGGAAUUGCUGGGUUAUUAGCCUAAGGAAAACCUUCUGAGUUGUGGGAUUAGCAUCAGUGAUACUGAAUGUGAGUGUUUGUUGUAUUGUGGUCAAAUAGCAUCAUGGAACAGUUGGCUCAAGGCCAGGAAUGAUGGAUGAUUCAUUCUUGACAAAAUUUGAUAGAGGCCAAAAAGUCAUUAUGAAGUUACCUCUGCUCCCAGCUAGAGCUGGGUGGAUUCACUUUUGAUCAGGAGUCAUUAGGGAAUGCUGACCAGCUGGAGGAGGGUCCCACCCAGGAGGGACAAGUGCCUUUUCUUCCAGAAUGGAAAGGUUGGAAUCAAGGCUCUCAAGUGCCCACUUCCUUCAAGGCCCAAAGUUCUGCACUAUUUCCCUGCAGAGAAAACUGUUUCAGUUUCUAUGCCCAGGAACUGGGCUUAAAAGUCUUAGUAAUGAGAAACUCUGAGGCCAGGCAGAGGCCAAUCCUUGGAGAUGUUUUCCCUCCGGAUUAUAACGUUAAGGAAUACCUGUGUUACCUGAGGUGUGUAUUUGGGACUUUGGCUCCAUAUCCAGCCUCAAGCUAGAGCCUUCUUUGAACUUACAUUCUCAAUGACAAAGUCAUAGCCUGUGGGACCAUUUCAGGCCAAGAAUCCUAUCCAGUUUCCCUUAACUUAGGCAACCUAUAACCAAGAAAAUAGCUGCCUUAACAUAAACAUCCUGGGGGAGAAACUGGGGGCCCUGCCCUAGGGCAGCUCUAUCUCUGCAUUUUGCUGCCAAAAUCCAGCCUGGGAACAAAGGAAUACUUCUCACUCUUUUAACACCAGUGGCUGUGGGAGAGGGAAAGGCUCAAGGCCAGGGCUCAGAUCCCAGUGUCCAUCCCCUCCCACUGCUGCCACUGUGUAUUUGGAAGGGAACUUGCUGAAUGUCCUUGCUGUCCCCAGGGCAGUAUUGAGGCUGAACUGAAGCCUACUAUGCUGCUUGCUGGCUCUAAGGACUGGUCACAAGGAUAGGAGUUGGGGAAGGUAUUUGGGGGAGGUGGCAAGGGUGGAAUGCAAGUACAGAAAUGUUUGAGACAAAGUGGCAGGCUGG